UAUAAAUUAUUAAAUAAAAUUAUGUUUCAGUUUAGUACACUGUCAUGCCCUAACAUAUAGCUUAUGACAACAAUGAUGAGACAUAUCAACCACCUCUGUUCUCCUCAGAUGGGUUGCCAUAAGUAAUGAGAAGUUUGGGAGAUUCAAAACUAGUCAGGAUCCGUGGCUACAACCAUGGUCUCUCAGAAGGUACAUCUUCUAUUAAUGAUAGGCAUUUAACAAACGAGUAAGCAGAAUCUAUCAGCUGUUCACUUCAUUCCAGAUCAGAAAUUUCUCAAGCUGAUGCAAAUGACAAGCAGGGAUGUGAAAGAAAGAGCCAAACUUGACACAAGCAUCCUGAACAAAUUCAGUAAAAUCUUCAAGAAAUAUUUCGCCUUGUGCUUAAUUUAGAGUAAAGAAGAAGCCGAACACCUGCACAAAGACUGCUAUCAAGCUUAGUUAUACCAACAAGCAACACACAAAAAUUAAUCCAAAACCUGAUUCUGUAGCAGCAGAAAGCCUUUGAACAAAGAAAUGAACUACUGGCUAAAAAUUAUGAGAAAAUUCUUGGAACUAACAAACAGUGAACCUCUAAAUGUACUAUUAUGAUAUUCUGAAUCUUGACAAAUUGAAACAAUGCAGAUAUAUUAUUUCCACAAUAAGGAAUAUCUCUCAAGAUUUCAGUUUCAUGGGCAGAAAUCAUAUAAUUUAUGGGAUAGACCUGAAUAGAAGUUAUUUCAAGCAGGAAAACAGAGACUGAUUUUCUCCCAAGUUAUAUUUCAACUUUCC